CUUGGGUAUGCUUAAAUAUACUGCUUCCGCAGCUUUGAGUAGGAUCGUCAGUUUAUCACCAUUAAUUACUCUCAAAGUAUUGGGAACAUUAUUAAUGGUCAAUGAUAUCAACUUCAUCAGAGCUGCAAGAUCGAACAAUUCUUACGGAUUUAUUUGUCUCCUUUCCUUUGACCACCCAAAGUUUCGGAAUCUUGACUGUUGACAGCGUGAAAGAUCGCUGAUCUUAUAAGUAAUGAAACUUGAAUGUUUCGCUGGCAACUUGGCUCAGAAAUGUGGUAAUUUCUAACUCAGUGCCUUGACGGGGACAUUCUGAGCUCCGUAGGUAGCAGCCAUGGCGAUCGCAGCGGUGUUAUUUGCGGUAUUAGUGGUGGGAUUUGUGGGUGGGAAGUCAGAGUAUAUAGAGUACAAUACCACAAAAAGUAUCGUCCCUGACAAAAUUAAUGUCCAUUUGGUGCCUCACUCUCACGAUGAUGUGGGCUGGCUCAAGACUGUUGAUCAAUACUAUGUUGGAGGCAAUAAUUCCAUUCGGGGUGCAUGUGUACAGAACGUAUUGGAUUCCGUGAUAUCUGCGUUACUGGACGAUAAGAAUCGCAAGUUCAUCUAUGUUGAGAUGGCAUUUUUCCAGAGGUGGUGGAGACAGCAAAGCAAAGCGAUGAAAACUAAGGUGAAAGAGCUGGUCAACUCGGGUCAGCUGGAAUUCAUAAAUGGGGGCAUGUGUAUGCAUGAUGAGGCCACCCCGCAUUAUAUUGAUCUAAUUGAUCAGACAACUCUGGGGCAUCAAUUCAUCAAAGAUGAAUUUGGCAAGAUUCCAAGAGUUGGCUGGCAGAUUGAUCCUUUUGGCCAUUCUGCAGUUCAGGCUUAUAUGCUUGGUGCCGAGCUAGGAUUUGAUUCACUCUUUUUCGCAAGAAUUGAUUACCAAGAUAGAGCCAAGCGAUUGAAGGAGAAGACUCUCGAGGUUGUGUGGAGGGGUUCCAGGUCCCUUGGAUCCUCUUCACAAAUAUUUACUGGGAUAUUUCCUAGGCAUUAUGAUCCUCCUGAUGGUUUUACAUUUGAGAUAAAUGAUGUUUCCCCUCCUAUUCAGGAUGACAUUCUCCUGUUUGACUAUAAUGUUCAAGAACGAGUCAAUGACUUUGUAUCUGCAGCUUUAGCUCAGGCUAAUGUCACUAGGACAAAUCACAUCAUGUGGACGAUGGGAACUGACUUCCGUUAUCAAUAUGCGAAUUCAUGGUUCAGACAGAUGGACAAGUUUAUCCAUUAUGUCAAUCUGGAUGGGCGUGUCAAUGCAUUAUAUUCAACGCCAUCUAUAUAUACUGACGCAAAAUAUGCAGCAAAUGAGGAAUGGCCACUCAAAUUGGAUGAUUUCUUCCCGUAUGCUGAUCAUCCAAAUGCAUAUUGGACUGGCUAUUUUACAAGUAGGCCAGCUUUAAAGGGUUAUGUUAGGGUGAUGAGUGGUUACUAUCAGGCAGCAAGACAGCUCGAAUUCCUUAAAGGAAGGAGCAAAUCAGGGCCAAAUACUGAUGCAUUAGCAGAUGCUUUGGCGAUUGCUCAGCAUCAUGAUGCAGUUAGUGGUACAGAAAGACAGCAUGUUGCUUCUGAUUAUGCAAAGCGAAUCUCAAUGGGUUAUGCAGAGACAGAGAAGUUGGUUGCAUCUGCUCUUAGUUUUUUUGUAAACCAAAGACUAAGUUUGCAUGGAGGGAAUCAAGUGACAGACUUCCAUCAGUGUCCUCUUCUUAAUAUAAGUUACUGCCCUCCCUCAGAACUUACUUGUCUGACGGGAAAGGCUUG